AUGCGCUUCAGCCUCGCCGCCCUCGCCGCCCUCGUGGCCAGCGCCACAGCCUUCCAAGUCGACCCUCCCUUGAGUGCCCCAUUCAACCUCAACGUCGACCAGACCGUUACUUUCGCCCCGGCGGGUGACACGCGCGGCGUCGAGACCGUCUACCUCUACCUCACCAACUGGAACCAGUACUUCCCCGAGGGCAGCCGGCCAUGCGUCUAUCUCGGCUCUGCCCAAAGGAAUGCUGGCUCUUUGAUGAUCCCGGCGCGCACCGCCCGCGGUGUUGUUCCGUAUCAGGGCUCCGGAUACCAGAUUCGUCUGUACUCGCCCAACCAGGCUGGGUGUGGCGAUGGGUUCCUCGCCCAGAGUGGUGCUUUUGAGGCGAUCCCCUAUAACAACCCGUAG